CCUAAUCUGCAAUAUCCGCCGCCUGCUGGAGUCAACCCGUACCUUCUGGAACCCCAAAACAAAAGGAGGACUUCUACUCUCAUUUGUGCUCUACUUGUAUUAGAUCUCUCUCCCCUUCUUGUCUCGUCUCUCUCAGUUUCCGACCAAUCUCAAUUUGUUUCAAACCAAAGACAUACAUUUGUUUUUCACAUUCAGCACACAAUGGAGGGAGGUGCGGCAGCUCCAUCCAACGUUGGUGGAACCUCGGAAUCCGCGUCCUACACUUACUGGGUCAGGAAGGAUUUGAAGGACAGCAAGGACGCUGCUCCUCUCCCUGUCCCCCGCAAGCUCUCUCCUCAGGAUCUUCUAAAUAGUUCCAAUUCUCACUCUUCCAAUCAUCUCGGCUCUGCCUGGAACCGGGCUGGAACUUGGGAGGAGAAGAACCUCAACGGAUGGGCAAAUGAUACGAUUAAGGAGUUGCUUGGCUUUACUACCUUGGAAUUCUCUGGUGGGAGAGCAGAGAUAGUGGAAGUGUCAAAGUGUUCAGGCGAUGCAUUUUUGGUGACUGUUCGGAACAAGAAACGUGUUGGUUACACAUACGAGUUAACACUCAAAGUGAAAGGUGAGUGGAUGAUUGGAGAUGAGAAGAAGAAAGUCAAGGGGCACUUGGAUGUACCUGAGUUCUCUUUCGGUGAACUGGAUGACUUGCAGGUUGAAGUGAGACUCGAUGCUGAGAAGGAUUUUGUGCCUGAAGAUAAAGCACGAAUAAGAAAGGAUCUUAAGAUGUUUUUGCAGCCUAUACAGGAAAAGUUGAUUGAAUUUGAAAAGCAACUUAAGGAUAGGUAGAAUUGGUUUUCAUGGCUGGAUUCUGUUGUAGCUGUGGUUUGCGCAAGCAUCAGACUUUUUCUUAUAUUAUUACAGUUGAAGAUUCUGUGUAAGCUUGUAACAGGGAGGGAACCACUCCAUAUGGAACACACAGUAUAAUGGGAUCAAACAUUCUUUAUAUGUUUGUGCUGCA